CAUCAGAGAUUUUACGGUGUGAUGAAGCUGUUAAUUCAUUCAGUACUCCGGUCGUAGGCCGAUAUGAAGAGGUAGAAGCGAACAAAAGUCUUUUUGAUUUAUCUGCCUCAUUCCGUGAUGUUGUCACUUCCACUCCUCGACGUGCAGCAUCGUAUUUUACUCAACCUGAGAGUAUUCCUUUGGAUUUAUUGCAAACCAUGACAGAGGAUGAAGCAUUGGAUCUGUCAACGAAACAGUAUAGGAGUAGCAGUGACAUGGAUUCUCCAAUCAAUUUAGUUGUGUUGAAAGUUCAACGGCAGGGCAUAGAAGUAUCUGACGAUAGGCCAUUAAAUUUAGUAACAGCUAGCAACAUUGCAACCUCCUCCGGUAAUUGCAAAAGAUUUUCGAAAGAAUCAGUAGUUCCGAGCACACUCAAAGUUUUAGAGAAUGCAACCGCUAAGCCGAAUUCCGUCAACUCAUCUGCUAGUUGUCAAAAUUUAGCAUUAAACACAUCGAAGUUUGCAAUUUCCGUAUUACCGGACACACAAUUUUUGGAUACAAGUUUGAAAAACAAAAAUGACAGCGAAAGAGUGUUCUAG